UGACUGAUUUUUAAUAACGUUAUCCACACCGCGCAGCGAAAAUAAAUAUGUCACAAUUUUAAUAAACUCUUGAACAUAGGACAUCGUCUUAUAACUAUUACCUCAGUUCCAACCUGAAAAACAAUAUUAAACCGUGUGAAAGUCCCAGAGAGACACAUUUAACGUACUGCGCAGAGCAUCGGCUAAACUUGUUGCCAUGGACAACUGCGCCUGGAACAGACCCCAGUGUGGUUCACGUGACAAGGAAAAACAAACGCGCGGCAGUUAGUCACCCAAACAACGUCUUCACCUCCUGGACGAAGGAUGCAAAUGGCCUAAAGGCGUGGUAAAGUUUGGGUCUUUGUUGCUUUGAUUUCACAUGUGAUGUAGUGGUGUUACAGCUCUCCACACAAGCGGCCUGAUUGAGUGUGAAAUGCAAAGUAACGCCAGAAAGCCAGAUCCAGUGAGACCCCGACCCAGUGUCAGUUCUGGUGGUGAAACAAAACAAAUCCGCAGAGUUCACACCAGAAAGGUUCCUUACAGAGUUGGAUACAGCUGGAACAAAGGUGGAAGACUCAAGGAACUGAGAAUAAGGCACUUGGCAAGGAAGUUCCUGAAGAUAUGGAUACAGAAAACCUUUGGCCGAAUUCUUCCUCAUCAAGCCAAGUCCCACUAUAACAGCGUGGUCUUGAGACGAGCCUUUGAAGGAUGGAGAGACGAGUGGUGGGUGUCCAGGAGGGAGUGGAGUCUUACAAUGCGGGCAGAGUGUCACUACAGGUAUUAUCUGUAUAACUUGGCAUUUCAUAGCUGGCGAACAUUUAUGUCACUGCAGAGGGAAAAGAAGAGCAAAGUCCAAAAAGCUCAAUCAUUUGCUGAUAGGCAACGGCUGCGUCUGUUUUUGGACAGAUGGGAGGUUUUCACAGAGAUGAGGCGGAUGAAGAACAGAAUGCUUGAAUCUGCCCUCGAGCUGAACAGACUCACGACACUGCAUUCAGCGUGGAGCUUGUGGAAGAGCAGGCUGCAGCAGCAUCAAGAGUUUUAUACUUUAGAGGACCAAGCCCUGAAACAGAGGGCGUUAACAUUGCAGAGAAGGACCUGGCAUCUGUGGAAAGAAAUACACACAGCAGCUUGUUGCCAGAAAGAGAAAGAAUCCAAAGCUACACUUCACUUCAUCUUCAGACUGAAAAGAAAAACGUUACAUCGUUGGAAAAGUUAUGUGUCUUGUUUUCAAACCAAGAAAAAGUCACAAGCUGUGGCUCAGCGUGCGUACCAUCUCCAUCUGGUGAUGAUGUGUUGGAGUAAAUGGAGCCACGCUUUGCAUCGCAAAUGGAGCGAGGAGGACCGUUUGCAGGCUGCAGGGCAUUUGGCCGUACAGAGCACCCAACGCAGAGCACUGGAGCGCUGGAAAGCUUAUGUGACGUUGUGCAGAGAAGAGGAUGAAAGAAACAGGAUUGCAAGUCAACAUCAUCAUCAUCAUCUGCUGCGUGCUGGAUUGCAAGGACUUUCUUGUAACAUCAUCUGGAACAAAACACACCGACUGAACAACAACAUGGCUGUGCAACAUUAUCAUCAAACUAUGUCAAAUAAGUUUUGGAAGCUGUGGCAGGACCGUCUGGAAGAGGCUGAAGACAAGAGUUUUCAAACCCUAAGAGAUAUGGCAGUGACUAACUACAGCACAUCCCUGUUGAGCAGCUGUUUUCACCACUGGAGAGAGAAACUUGCUGAACAGAGACACAUGCAGGAGCUGGAGCAUCGUGCAGACAUUUGGUUUGCUGAGCACACGUUGCCUCGGUGUUUCGUCUCGUGGGUUGCGUUUACGCUGCAGAGAAGACUCCAUAAACAAAGGCAACACAAGGCAGAAGUCUAUAAUCAGCAGCGUCAGUACACUUGGGUGUUUUACACCUGGUGGGGACAAUCAGAGAAGCACAAGGAGCAAAUGCUUUCUGAGCGGAUGGCAAUUCUACACGAGGAGCGGUGCCACUUGCAGGGAGCCUGGGAUCGCUGGAGGCAGCGGACAGAGCAGCAGAUCAACGAGGAGGAGAAAGAGACGGCUUCAGACCGUCUGUACCUGCACAGACUGCUUCACAAGACGAUGGCACAGUGGAAGGACAACAGCACUGAGAUACGAGACAGGAGAAAUCGAGAGAAGCAGGCUUGUCAUCAGGGUGACCUGUGCUGCGUGAGAUGGGCUGUGGAAAAAUGGAAAAAGUUUAUUCAGAUGCAGCGAGUGAAGAAAAGCAGAAUGAAGGAAAUACAGAGUUACCAUGAAGCUAAACUUCUCAAACACACAUUUGUGGCCUGGAAGACACACCACCUACAGAUGUGUCAGAUCUACCGCCAUGCUGAGGAACUUUACAGUCAACGAGAACAGAACUUUCUCAGGAAGGUUCUGUCUGUUUGGAGGGAGAACGCAGUGCUGCUGACAGAAGUCAGGCUCAUGGAGCAACGAGCACAGGACCACUUUCAGCAUCUCCUUCAACUUAAGGUCUUCUGUGCUUGGAGAGAAACGGCAACACAUGCAGUGUCACAGCGCCACCAGCAGAGGGAAGCAGUCAGCCGGGCUCAGAGGUCCAUAAAUCAAGUGCGGCUGCUGUGGUCUUUCAGACAAUGGAGGAAGAAAACCAGGGCGGCUCGGAGAGAGAGGAUAUGCAUGGAAAAAGCCAGACGGCACCAUGAGUCCAAGCUCCUUUCUAAAGCACUGAAAGCAUGGAAUGAGCAUCACUUGCAAUGUCAGAAAAAUAAGGUGAUGAAACGACAGGGACUCUUUUUGCUGAGAUUAAAGAUGUACCAGACAUACUUUGAAGAGUGGAGAGUGAAGCUGCAGCACAGACGGAGAGAGGUGAAGCAGACGGAGCGAGCGCUCUGGCACUGGUCCCUCACUCUUCAGGCCAAGGUGCUGUAUGGGUGGAGGUUGUGGGUCACAGAGCAGCGCAGGAAACAAGAGCAUGCGGCCAGAGCUGCACAGGUCUACAGAGACCAGCUGCUGAGGGAGGGCGUGACCUGCAUCCUCACGUACGCUGCUCAUAUGAACGAUCUCACAACAAGUCUAACGCAGCACAGCCAAGAGCAGAGAUCACAACAUCUCCAGAGAGUGGUUAAGCGCUGUGCUAUGCGGUGGAAGCAUCGGGCGCUGUGUAAACCCCAAAGGGAGCAAGAGGUCAAAGGGCAACCAACAAAAAAGAGUGUAACCUUCAGUUUGUCUACGCCUGGUUUGAAGAGUGUUUCCCCGUCUUACUCAGCGGAGCAGGUGGCUGAAGAUGGAGUGCUUAGCAAGCUACUACUCAGCCGUACGCCUCGACGUCAGCCCCGCCGCUGCGAGGAACUGUUUGAGUCUCCACUGAAAAUGAACACCCAUAAACAGUCGGCGGUCACCGGCGCUGAAGCACCUCCACACUCGCAGCUCAGUUGUCGCACAGUGUUGCCCUGCCUCCAUCCCACUAAAGUCCCUGUUACCUCCACACAUCAGAGCCCCGCCAUAUGUAAUGUGUCACCCUCUAAAUCUCACAUGUCCACUAUGGGCUCUCCUCAGGAAACCCAAGACGUCCUUUUACCCCCCUCUGCUUUCAUGACCACUGGGACUGAAGAUAAGUUGGAGAAGACCAGCAGCUCAGGUUCUGGAGAUGCUCCACGUCUUCCUCCCUUUAAACAAUAUUCAACAUAUCCAGACGUGCGUCUUAGAGCGUCCGGUGAAAAAACUGUAAAAGAUGCAGCGGCGGAUCCAACUUCAGCUCUGACCAAAGAGCUGCUCAGCAUCCAGCUGGACAUGAAGACAUACCAACAAGACAGGAAGCAGCUCCGGGCUUCGCAAAAACUUAAAGAGGUAUUACAAAGUUGGUUGCAGACCAGCGGGAAGGACGAACAAAUGGAAAGAAGUGCUGUUUUUCAAGAGUUGAAGGAGUUGGAGGAGCGCAUCGGCAGACUGUCCACUGAACUGGCAAAAAGGAAACCAACGAUGCUGCUACAUGCGGAGAGGAUCCAGCAUUUACAGACUGUCCUCACAGAUCACUCUGUGUUUACGACACAACAGGAAACAGUGCUCACACACUCAUCAUCAUCAUUUCUGCUGAACCUUUGACCAGCUGUUACAUGUUUUGCUAUAAACAUUUAUACCUCAUUGACCUUAUAUUGCUAUUUAUUCUUGUUAAAUAUCAUGGAAACUGUCUUACAACGGACAUUAAAAAAACUUUAAAGCCAAGUUCCUUACAGCAACUUUCACUGCUACAUCUACACCUUAAAUACACAAAAACAUUGGCUAGGGGUCGUCCUUGUGACGGAUGGUGCUAAAUAUCUUCCAUAUGUGUGGAAAAAAAAGUGACUUUAGUGUUUUCAGAGGAGCAGCCCUUGCACAAUACGUUUUGUAUUUGUCCGUUAGUACCAGAACCUCUAAUACUUUCUGCGCAGGAGUAUAUCUGAAAUUCGAGACUAAGAGAAAGGACAGCUGUCUGUUGUGCUCUCCAGACUACAUGAGACAGAUUUGAGCUUCCACAGGCCAGAAUGAGAGGACUUUAUGCCAUUUUACUCUUUUUCAUCUUUGUCUGCUGCAUCAGAGGUAAGUUUUCUUACUGAACAAAUGAAUUUACCUGCAUUGCAAGUUAUUUUAUGUUCAUAUACUGUGUCAUUGUUUUGUUGAAAGUCUUUUUUAUUCUUUUGUAGAUGUUGAUGCAAAGAUUGUUGCCCUCUGUUUGGAGCUUUUUGUAUUAAAACUGAUUUAAAUAUUGUAAGUGUUGUAAAAUCAUUUCACAGUUUGCCAAAAUGCAAUGUUGGAUUUAGAUUUUCUUAUUUAAUGAAUGGAUGAAGAAAUGUAUUACAUACCUGCAUCUUAAUAAAAGCUGACAAAGCUUCCUAUAAA